CAGAGUUAGCUGUCUGCUGCUGCUGUUGCUGCUGCUGCUGCUGCUGCUGCUGCUGCUGCUGCUGCUGCUGUACAGCUCUUUGUCCGCUCUGCCGGACAGUGAAUGCUUCGGCUUUGUCGUCCAUUCAGUGAAGUGAAGUGGACUGAUCAGACCAACCAGCAUGUGGGCUGCACGUCCACAAAAAGAGCAGGUGCCCCCUGCUCUGGGGUUUGACUGCUAAGCAUGCUGGGUAAACCUCAGCCAACUACCAGUAGGCUUGACCUGGUGAACUCUGACUUUUCUGACGCCACAUCGGCCUCAGACGAACACGACGGUAUCGACAUGGCCGACCUCGUGGAAAGCCUGGAUGCCCGAGAGCUGGACCUCGGAGAGGGAGAGGAGAUCGACUAUGAUGGAAACUGCUUAGGGGACAGUCGUAUCCCAUUUUCAGCGGUGUAUGCCACAGUGGGUUUUAAGGAGGCCAAUGCUAAGGUCUACCUCCCCACUGUGCCCAUUACUGCCCGGAUCCUGGAGGUGGAGAGGUUCACCACUGCACAGGACCGCUUCAACUUGUCACACCACAGGAGUGUCAACAAGUCUCUGCCAGCGGUGUUUAAGAUUGAGCUGAAGCAUGGAGAAUUUACCUGGGUGGUUAAGAGGAAGGAGAAACAUUUCCUGGAGCUGCACAGAGAGCUGAGGACGUACAAGACCUUCAUGAGGAUACCACUGCCAUCACGCAGCCACACGGUGAGGCGAAGGACGGUGAGGAAGAGCGAGGUGAGGGAGAUGCCCUCCCUGCCCAGGGGGGGAGGAGACGAGCUGGUGCGAGAUGAGCAGGUUUCCAGCAGGAGGAGACAAUUAGAAGACUAUUUGAACAAGCUGCUGAGGAUGGCCAUGUACCGCAAAUAUCAUCACACUAUGGAGUUCAUUGACGUCAGCCAGCUGUCUUUCAUUCAUGACUUGGGACCCAAAGGACUGGAAGGGAUGAUCCACAAGCGCUCAGGUGGACACCGGAUCCCUGGAAUGAAUUGUUGUGGUCACAGCCAGGCCUGCUAUCGCUGGUCCAAGCGCUGGCUGGUGGUGAAAGACUCGUUCUUGCUGUACAUGAAGCCAGACUCCGGAGCGAUUUCCUUCGUCCUGCUGGUGGAUAAAGAGUUCAGCAUCAAGAUGGACUCCAAAGACACAGAAACCAAACAUGGAGUCCGCAUUGACAGCCUCUCAAGGACCCUCGUGUUUAAGUGCAGCAGCUACAGGCAUGCUCGCUGGUGGGGUCAGAGCAUCGAGAGCUUCGUGAGGAGUCAUGGGAAGGCUUUCCUCCGAGAUCACCGCUUUGGAUCGUUUGCACAGGAGCAGGAAAACAUCCCUGCCAAAUGGUAUGUGAAUGGAAAGACGUACAUGGAGGAUGUGGCUGAUGCUCUGGAGGAGGCCAAAGAGGAGAUCUUCAUCACAGACUGGUGGCUGAGUCCAGAGAUCUUCCUAAAGAGACCUGUUGUCGAGGGCAACAGGUGGAGGCUGGACUGUAUCCUGAAACGCAAAGCACAACAAGGAGUGCGGAUCUUUGUAAUGCUGUAUAAGGAGGUGGAACUCGCCCUCGGCAUCAACUCAGGCUACAGCAAAAGGACGCUUAUGCACCUGCACCCUAACAUCAAGGUGAUGCGUCAUCCAGACCAUGUUUCCUCCUCCGUCUAUCUGUGGGCACAUCAUGAGAAGAUUGUCGUUAUCGACCAAUCGGUGGCCUUCGUGGGCGGGAUCGACCUGGCGUACGGUCGCUGGGACGACAGAGAGCACCGGCUGACGGAUGUGGGCAGCGUGACUCGCUCUGUGGCGCUGGAGCAGGCCAGCUCCACCAACACUCCGUCUACUAAAGGCGUGUCCUCCGCUGAUGGUGUCUCUCAGAGCAACGGACGAGGAACGCCGCCCAGCGAGCCGACGGAUUUACCGAAGCUGAAGGGAAUCGGUCGCAACAGGAUGGUUCGCUUCAGCAUAUACAGACACCUGCACAAACACAACCUGCAGCAUGUGGACAGCGUGAGCAGCGUGGACAGCGCAGGGAGUGGCUCAGUGCGAAGCCUGAAAACAGGUGUUGGAGAGUUGCAGGGAAACACUCGCUUCUGGCAUGGGAAAGACUACUGCAACUUUGUGUACAAAGACUGGAUCCAGCUGGAGAAACCUUUUGAUGACUUCAUCGACAGGUACACAACUCCCAGGAUGCCUUGGCACGACAUCGCCUCGGUGGUUCACGGCAGAGGCGCCCGAGACGUGGCGAGACACUUCAUUCAGCGCUGGAACUUCACUAAGAUCAUGAAGCCAAAGUACCGCUCCCUGUUUUAUCCAUUCCUGCUCCCUAAGUCUCACUCUGGUGCCAAUGAGAUCAGAUACCAAGUUCCCGGAUGUGUUAACGCCAAAGUUCAGGCGUUGCGGUCAGCAUCAGAUUGGUCGGCCGGCAUAAAAUACCACGAGGAGUCCAUCCAUACUGCCUACAUCCAGGUCAUCGCCAAGAGCAAGCACUACAUCUACAUAGAGAACCAGUUUUUCAUCAGUUGCGCUGACAACAGGACGGUGUACAACAAGAUUGGAGAUGCCAUCAUUGAAAGGGUCAUCAGGGCACAUAAGGAGGGGAAGAAGUAUCGCGUCUAUGUGGUCACUCCUCUGCUUCCUGGCUUUGAGGGUGACAUCACCACAGGAGGAGGGAACGCCAUCCAGGCCGUCAUGCACUUCAACUACAGAACAAUGAUCAGAGGAGAAUAUUCCAUCAUCUCCCAGCUGAAAAAAGAGAUGGACGACCAUUGGAUGAACUACAUCUCCUUCGCCGGUCUGCGGACUCACGCUGAGCUGGAGGGACGUCUGGUCACUGAGCUCAUCUACGUCCACAGCAAGAUGCUCAUCGCUGACGACAACACAGUCAUCAUUGGUUCUGCUAACAUCAAUGACAGAAGCAUGCUGGGUAAACGUGACAGUGAGGUGGCCGUGAUUGUCGAAGACUCUGAGAAGGUUCCCUCAGUGAUGGACGGCCAGGAGUAUGAAGCUGGACCCUAUGCUCUUCAGCUACGCCUGGAAUGCUUCAGGACUAUCCUUGGAGGCCACACCGACACCACCAUCGACCUUUCUGAUCCCAUCAGUGAUCGUUUCUACAAGGAGGUGUGGAUGACUACAGCUGGCCGCAACGCUACCAUUUAUGAGAAGGUGUUCCGUUGCCUUCCUUCAUCUCUGGUGAGAAACAUGUCAGAGCUGGAGCAGUACCAGUCCAAGCCAGGUUUGGCCCAGACCGACCUGAGCCGUGCUCAGGAGGAGCUGCGCAAGAUCCGCGGUUUCCUCGUCCAGUUUCCUCUGGACUUCCUGUCUGAGCACAACCUCAUGCCCUCCGUUGGAACGAAGGAGGCCAUGGUCCCAACAGAGAUCUGGACAUAAAGGACGGGAACCCACCACUCAUGUGGAAUAAACUGUUUCUGGAGCAUCAUAAAUGACGCCCCUGAAUUGUGAUCGUCAUUGAAUGUUUAAUAUGGGAGCUGCAAGAGAUCACAUUUGAUUAAUAGAAUCCAGAGACGAGAGUCAGAUUUGUGAUUCUCUUUCUUGUUGAUGUGACUGCUGGGCAUUGACAAAUCUCUCAAAUCUGAAUCUGUUCCUACUGAACCACACUAAUCAGUAGUUACAGCUUGUUAGGUUGAAGUUUUUGGAUGUACAGUAUGAAGAACUCGAAGACGAUUAUGACUGCAUUGGGAAAUGAAUGAAAUGGAAAAACAGGCACAUGGACUUUGAAUUUUGGGAAUCAGUUUCAACUCGGGAUGCUUAAACUUUUGGACUCUGGAAAAAAGCUCGUUGGGACAGCAAGGAUUUUUUAAGGGACCAGGUUGAGGAUGAAGAAAAAGAUUUGACGAAGCUAACAAAUAUUCAGCUCUCUGUUGAAGAUAUCACAAAAUAUAUAAUUAGAGACGGUGACGCAUGUGAUUUACUGAGUUUGUGACGUACGCUCGUGAGGUGCAUUAGUGCUAUGUACGCCGUUUCUGAGCUCACAGAGGAGGUGUUGAGCCUGUGCUGCUUUUGACCAAUUCUUUAGAGCUCAGAUGUAUCUUUUUUUUCCUACAAGAAAUCAAAGAGAGACAAUUUUACUGGGUUAACACCAGUGCAUGAUUUACUAGCUCUGCUCAAAUGUUGCUAACACGAUUGCCACGAUGCAUGUACCAAUCACACCUCUGGGGGAAAAAAAAACUCUUAACGGAUAUUUUUCUUGUUGAAGGUAUUUUGUGACGGAUUUUGUCAUCUGAAGACUCUGCAAAGCUGCAAUCAAAGUGAAUCAAAGAACUACGUUAAAGCUAAUACAGGUAUCAAACCAAAUUCAACGCAGUUUCAGAUCAAAAUGUUUUGUUAGUGACUGGAUGAGACAAUCAGACUGUAUGUUCAAAGAAGCCGUUUCCUUUUUGCUCAGCAGAUGGUGCUAGCUUCCUAAAAAUACAGUCUGUAUUCAGUAGUUGAACAGCUAGAGGGAAGAUUUGUAAAGAUCUCUUCACUGUUUUUCUCAGUCUUAUAGCAAAUGGCUUUAGAUUAAAAAGGUUUUGAAGCAAGAUAAAUACAAUAUUUUCCAUCAAACUUGCAGCUUCUUUCCACUUUCCAAGCAGUUCCAGGUGCUUUCUUGAGAGAACUUUUUACCCACGUUGACCUUAGCAUUUCAAGCAUUUCAUUAUUUGUACUAUAACACAGCCUGUAUCAGCCAAAACGUAAUCCAGCUCCUCUACGGACAUUUAUAUGUAACUCAUGAGGCGGUUGACUUAUUUUGUAGAUAUGAAUGCGAAGACACAUGUUACCUGAUUUUGUUUUAAUUUUUCUUUUUUGUCACACUAUCUUGUUUGAACACCAACCUCCCCCGAAUGUGAAGCGAAAGAACCACUUCUGCCCAGUUAUUGCCGUGAAAACACAAGGUGUUACGGCAUACAGAUGGCCAUUGAAGUUAGACAAAUAUAACAGAAACUUUAAAGCUGCCAGAACGCAUACCGUAAAUCAACACCAUCAAUCACUUAAUUUGGCUGAGAUCCUCAGUUUCCCCACCAAUGAACUCUUUGAAGUGCAUCUUGCCUAACAUACCAGACAUGUGAAUCAGUGGCUUUCACAUGACACACACAGACAAUGACUGUGUUUUGUAUAAUUUGAUCAUGAAAUAUUGAUUUCUUGAAUGGGACCAGGAAAUUGACAAAUGUUCAUUGAAGUUGUAAAGCUCGGAAAGACUCUAUUCUUUGUUUUUACAAAGACAAAUACUUGUGUUUCUCACAUUUUUGUUGAUUUGGACACGAUUGUCUGUAAUGUUUACCCUUUGCUGUAUUUGUCAGUGCAUUAUUUAUGGGAUAUGAAACAUUUAACAUUCUUUAAAAUGUUUAUUUUUUAAAUGUAUCGCAUGGUUGUAUGGAUGGUUGUAAUUAAACCUCUGUUUUCUUUUUGUCAUAGCCACCAUGCGACCGUCUUUUCCGUCAACUCUUUUGCUUUCACUCUGUUUAUGUACAAUACCUUUUUUUGUACAGCUGAAAGUAUGUUCAUUCAAGACAUUGUAAUUUAAAUGGCUAACAAAUAAAACUAUCUUUGGAA